AUGAAAGAAAGGUUCGCGAAACUGCUUCUAGGAGAAGACAUGUCAGGAGGAGGCAAAGGUGUUUCAUCAGCACUUACAUUAUCAAACGCAGUCACAAAUCUUUCAGCAUCAGCGUUUGGAGAGCUAAGACGUUUAGAGCCAAUGCCAGAAGAUAGAAAAGAACGGUGGAGAAGAGAAAUAGGAUGGCUUCUCUCUGUCACUGAUCAUAUAGUUGAGUUCUCUCCAACACUACAAACAAACAAGGAUGGUUCUUCCAUGGAGGUAAUGACUACAAGAAAGAGAACAGAUCUUGUCUCCAACAUCCCUGCUCUUAAGAAACUCGAUGUGAUGCUUACUGAUUGUCUUGAUAGUUUCAAGGAUCAGGAUGAGUUCUAUUACAUCACAUCUGAUUCUCCUGAACAUUCAAACAGUAACUCAACCAGGAACAAUGAAAAAUGGUGGCUUCCAACAGUUAAAGUUCCACCUAAAGGCUUAUCCGAAACAUCGAAAAGGUUUCUACUGAAUCAAAAAGAGUGUGUUAGCCAAGUGCUUAAAUCAGCAAUGGCCAUAAACGCUGAAGUUUUGUCCCAAAUGGAGAUCCCUGAGAGUUACAUUGACUCACUUCCUAAGAAUGGGAAAACUACUCUUGGAGACAUGAUCUAUAGACUGAUAACAUUAGACAUGUUUGAUGUAGAGAAGUUCCUUCUUGAAAUAGACUUAUCAUCUGAGCACAAGAUUCUUGAUCUUAAGGACAAGAUUGAAGCUUCGGUUGUGAUAUGGAAGAGAAAGAUAGUUCAGAAAGACAACAACAAGUCUUCAUCUCCGUUUAGUACUAAUCUGAGUAUGGAGAAGAGACAACUGUUAGAAGAAAGAGCAGAAACCAUCUUGCUUCUUAUCAAACUAAGGUUCCCAGGAAUCUCUCAAUCCACACUUGACAUCAGCAAGAUACAAUUCAACAAAGAUAUAGGGUUAGCAAUAAUGGAGAGUUAUUCAAGAGUUCUUGAAAGCUUGGCACACACGGUAUUGUCGAGGAUAGAAGAUGUUCUUCAAGCUGAUCAGCUAAGUCAGCACCCUGAAGGCUUGCUUUGUAAGAGAUAUAUAGUGAAGGAAACAGAGAGUCCUAAGAAGGAAGAAGAAAAAGACUUUUGUCUUUUAGAGGAGAGACCGAUAAAACAGAAGGCUCCCAUCUCACUGUCUGAGGUAAUGCAAUGGGAUAUGGAAGACAAGAACGAUGCACCACUCAUAGAUUCAGGCUUGAAACUGUUGACCAGAGUAUCCACCAUGAUCAUGGCUAACAACAAGAAGAGUAGCUCUUAUCUUGAAUCUCAUGGAACCACAAGAAGUCCAGCAGCAAGUCAAUACUCUUGA